GUCGACACUCACCCGUUCCCCGAAACGGAAGUGACGUCAAUCCCAGGGUCAAACCGGAAACGGGCGAAGAAGAAACGCUAACCUGCAAGAGGAGGUGAUGCUCGCAAGAACUAACAAUCGAGCGCCGUAAACACUAAUCAAGAGACUGCAUAUCGUUAUAUUGGUUUUAUCAACAGCCAACGACGGACUCGCAACUAUGUCUGCUCAAGCUCAAAUGAGAGCUUUGCUCGACCAGCUAAUGGGAACAGCGAGGGAUGGGGAUGAGACGCGGCAGAGGGUGAAGUUUACUGAUGACCGGGUGUGUAAAAGCCAUCUUCUUAACUGCUGUCCACAUGAUAUUCUUUCUGGGACGCGCAUGGACCUAGGAGAGUGUGCAAAGAUUCAUGACCUGGCCCUUCGAGCUGAUUAUGAAAUUGCUUCCAAGGAGCGGGAUCUGUUUUUUGAGUUAGAUGCGGUGGAACAUCUGGAGUCUUUCAUUGCCGACUGUGAUGGAAGGACAGAAUUGGCCAAAAAGCGUUUGACUGAAACUCAAGAAGAAAUCAGCGCUGAAGUCGCAGCAAAAGCAGAAAAAGUUCAUGAGCUAAAUGAGGAAAUUGGAAAACUUCUGGCCAAGGCUGAGCAGUUGGGAGCUGAGGGCAAUGUGGAUGAAGCUCAGAAGGUCCUUCAGGAAGUAGAAAAGGUUCGCACCAAGAAGAAGGAUGCUGAGGAAGAGUACAGAAACUCAAUGCCAGCCUCCAGCUAUCAGCAACAGAAGCUGCGUGUGUGUGAGGUUUGCUCAGCCUACCUCGGUUUGCAUGACAAUGAUCGGCGCCUGGCAGACCACUUUGGAGGAAAACUUCAUCUGGGUUUCAUUCAGAUUAGGGAGAAGCUGGACCAACUGAAGAAAAUUGUUGGUGAUAAGCAGGAGAAAAGAAACCAGGAGCGCUUGAAGAGACGAGAAGAGAGAGAGAAAGAGGAGAGGAUGAAAAGAAAGACCAGGUCACGCAGCAGGGAGCGAGAGCACAAGCGAUCCCGCUCACGAGACCGCAGAAGGAGGCGCUCACGCUCUUCCUCUCGGGAGAGGCGUCGGUCUCGCUCACGUUCCAGGGACCGAAGGAGGAGGCACCGUAGUCGCUCUCGUAGCCGCGGCCAUCGCCACAGCCAUGAACGCAGCUCCAGGCAUAAGUCAUCCAGGGAUCGAGAGCGUUCCUCCAGAGACAGAGAGCGCUCAUCUAGAGACCGGUCCCGUGAGCGAGAGCGGGACAGGAGGGAUGGUGUAAACGGAAAGUCAGACUCCAGACGAGCAGAUGACAAGGAUACCGGAGACCUUUGAAGGCAAAUGUCCACCGUCCCAUCUCCUUCUGUGUUCAUCACCUCUCAGUUAUUUUCAAACUACCCAAUGUCACAUUCAGCCUUCACUUUGACCAAUGUGUUUUCUGCUUGCAUAAUUUCUUUGAUUAUAAUGGACAGUCGUCUUAUGUUUGAUUUAUUUUUUUUAAGCAACCAGAAGUCCACUGAAUAUAUUUUGAACAGGUUGGUUUUGGUCAGUAGAUUGUAAUAUCAAGAUGUACGAUUAAUGGGUUGUAUCAUCACACUGUUUUGUUAUGUAUUACUCUAAAAAGCAAGUUGAAAUAUUUGCAUAAUUAGUGUUUAGGCUUUGUGCCCAGUGAACAUAUUUCCUAAGAAAAAAUGGGGCUGUAUUUUAUGUAAAUCAAAAUUAAAAUCUGACUGAAAUGCAAUGUUUUUAAAUGACCAGCAAACAAAUAUUCAGCCUGUUUUUAAAAUAAAGUUUUUAGUGUCACCAUUAGUUUAGAGCGUACUGGUGACCUCGUUCAUGUUUUGUUUUGUUUUUUUUUUUACUUUGAUUUUUGUGUAUAUAUAGUUUAUCUUUGGGUUCUACGCCAGACAUCACAAAUAAAUAAAACCAAUUGGGAUGCUCUACUUGACCUUAAUGUGUGCUGUCAUUGCAUUGUUACCUUGAGAUAGUCUUUUUUUGAAGUGUUAUUAAAAACUGCAACAUUUAA